AUGGAUAUUUAAAAGUUGAUUGACUUAAUUUUGAACACAGCCAACUCUCAACAGAAAUAAUAAGAUUUCGAAAUAGUACAAUAGGUCCUAAAUCUGACCAAUUAGGAAUUUGAAGAUAGGAUUAUCAAAUUAAAAGGGACAGGAUGUAAAAGUGUUUGUUCUGCUCCUCUUCCUAAAAAUGCUUUAUUUUACAAAUGUUUUGAUUGCAGUAAAGAGCCUACUCAUGUGUAUUGCUAAUAAUGUUACACUCCACAAAGGCAUUAGAAUCAUGUUGUGACAUAUCAUUACUCAAAUGGGGGAUGUUGCGAUUGUGGAGAUACAUUGGUGAUGAAGAAGAGGUCCUUUUGUAAUCAACAUUCGUAAUCACAAAUAGAAACACCAAUUCCUGAAUAAUUAUUGGGAGAGAAUUUGGUAGAGAGAUUUAGAUAUUUUAUUAUGGUGUCAUUUGCACUGUUGUUUGAGCAAACCUAGAAAAUUGCUGAUUAUAACAAUAAAACGAUGAAUUAGAUCUAGGAUGCUAUUUAAAUUUUGAAAAUCGAAAAUUCUGUAAAUAUUAUGAAUGAGAAUAUGUCCGAGUUCCUAUUACAUGAAAAAGCCCUCAAAGAAGGCUAAAAAUUGUAUACACUUAUUUUCAAAGUCCUUAAAUAUUUAACCUUAAAUAACAUCCCUUGGAGUUAUACAACAAGCAAAUUUAUUUAAAUACCUAUCGAUUAAAAGAUUUAAUAAUUCAUAAAACUAUAUCAUGCCCAUUCCAAGGAUCCAUUUGCAAACUUUAAAUUAGAAAAGCAAUAAUAAAUUUGCUAAUGUACUAUCUUAAAUUUAUUUGUCAAACAUAAUGUGUUUUUUUCACGAUUUCUUCAUGAUGAAACAAAUUUCAUUUCAGAGUUAUUUUAUGAAUUGCAUGUUGAUGAAAAUUUCAAACCUAAUUUAUGCAAAGAAAUCUUAAUCCACUAUAAUCACUUGUAUAAUCCAACUUAAGUUUACAGAUUAAUAACAGCUGAUAAUUAAAAAAUAAAGUUUGAAAUCAAUACAAUAAAUUACUCUGCACAUUCAAAAUUAAAUGAGAUUCUUCCAAAGGUGCUUUAAGAUUAAAAAAUACUGAAAAUCUUUUGUAAAAAUAAAGUAGAAAGGGCUUCUUUAUUUGGAUAUUUCUAUCAAUUUAUGGGGCACGUCGUUAUAAGUCUUUUAGGCUUAUAUAAGGAAUUUAAAUCACCAUAGGUUUAUUCUUUGUUUGAUAUUUUCUCAAAUCAACUGCUAUAAUUACCUUUAUGCAACUAAGAAACGCAGAUUUUCUGCUCAUAAUUUGAUGACAUGAUUCUAACAUAGUUUUAUGAUGAUGUCGUUAAGAGGCUAUUUGAAUAAAUUUCAGAGAUUCUCACAUAUGAAGAGGAAAGAUUUAAUUUCACUCCAAUAUACCCCAAUCAUCUUAAAUUCAAAGAACUUUAAAAUAACUCCUUGUUAAUACACACUUUAAACAAAAUAUAUCCUUGUCGAUAAACUGAGACAAGUACCUUUCAUUUCCUCAAGCCAUAAGAAUAAAGUAAAUUCCAGAUCUCAGAGAUUAUUCAAAUAUUUCUGCUUUAAGGAUAUCGAAGGUUAUUGUCAGUUAUAGUUGAAACUUGGAAAGAUUCGAAUAGAUAAAAUAUGGUUGGGUUAUAAAACAUUUUUAGAUUGUCAAUUAACUAUUUUUUAAAUAACUACGUUACAUCUUUUUAAUUAAAAGCAGAAUCCACAUUAAAAAAUUACUUAUAAAAUAUAGUUAUUUGUGAUAGGAACUUUAUAACUUUACUUUCAUUAUUUUUGAUGGAUUUUAAUGACCCACAAGAGGCCUAUGAAGAUUUAUUAAAGACUAGUAACCUAACCCCAGAGAAAUUUAGAUAAAUUCUGUUGAGCCUGUUAAAAAGAACUUUACUUAAUCACAUUAUACUGUUAAAGAAUGGAAAUCCAUAAUUAUAUAAGGGUUAAGUGAAGUUGUAUAAGGAACAAAUGAAACUAAAAGAGGUCUCACUUGAACAAGUAGAUGUAGCUUACAUUUAACUAUAUGCCUUUUUAUUUGGCCCUCUGGGAAUUAAUGAUAUUGUCUCCAGUUAUAAAGAAAUUGCAAAUUUCUUCGAUUACAAAUCAGAUCCUUAAUUUCUUAUAUGUAGGAUUGCUUAAACAGAUUAUGAUCUGAUUUAAUGCGUAGGAGACAUGUUUGGAAAUGAACUACCAAAAGAAUUUUAAAAAGGCUUAAACAAAUUGUUCCAAACAAUCUUUUUCGCUUAGUCAUUUUACCAAGAGAAUGAUCUUCGAGAACUUCUUAAAAAGUUUAGUUAUGAUAGCAGUUUGGAUUUAUAAAAUAUUAUUUUAAGCUCUUGUGAAUUAAAUUAGGAUAAUGAAUAGUUGUAAUUAAAAAGAUAGCUUUUACCUGUUUAAUAUGAACCCAUUUUUGCUUCAUUGGUAUUAGAACUAAAAGAAUAAAUAACAGACAAAUUGAAAACAUAAAAUGACAAAUAAUCUGAGUUAUUUGGAACUUCUCUAGCUAAUGAAUUAGCCCAAUUAAACGAACAUAAAUCAACUUUAACAUAUAAGAGGCUAGCCAUACUUAAAGCUAUUGUUUUAGACUAAGAAUAAAAAGUACUCCAAAAUAUUAUAGAAUAAAUAUAAGGUUAACAGGAGUUGGGACUAGUUAAAAAUAUUUCUUAAUUAUUGGAGGAUUAUUCUGUAUACAUUAACUUAGUUUAUUUAUGUAAUAAACAUUUUAAAAAUUAAAAUAAGAAUCUCUAAGAUUAUUUGAUUACUAUUUCUUCGAUCUGCUUUUAAAUCCUAUAAGAUGUUAAUUUAACUUAAACAUCAAACAGUAUCUAUGAAAUAUUUGCCAGAUAACUUGACGAAACCUUGAGUUAAUAUCCCUUAUAAGUUGAAAGUGAUGCUUAAAGAGCCUGUAGAUCACAAAUAUCAAAGAAAAAGUUCUAGAAAAAAUUUGAAAAUAUGGGAUCAGCAUUUAGUAAUCAAAUUUUAGAGACUCCAACUUAAAUGAGUAGCGACAAUUGCUCUUUAUGUUAAUUGCAAUUUGAAAAAGAAGAAAUUUAAUAUAGGGCUAUAUUGAUUUCUUAUAACAAUGUUAAUAAACACAUUAAAACGAUGCCUUAACAAAUGCAACAAAACUAAUAAAUAGACAUUUUCUAAAUUGUAGCAUCAAGCUGUUAACACACUUUUCAUAAAUAAUGCUUAUUCUAGAAUGAAUAAAAAUAUACCAUAGGUGAGUUUUAAUAUUUGAGAUGUCCAAUUUGCUUAUCUCCAUAUAACUUUCCAUUUGUAAGUCCAAUUCAUAUUACAAGUGCAACUGAUAAGAUUCUUAAUGAAAAUUUGGACUUCUUUUUAUGUACCCUUACAGAUAAAAAAAUGAUGGAAUAUUAUAAAAGAUUUGAGGUUGAAGGAGGAGGAUUAGAAAUUCCAAAACUUCUGGAUGAAAUUUUUUCACAAGUUCUUUGCAACUUAUUAUUUUAAUUGCUGAGUGAUUUAAACAAAUUUACAUUGAAAACCACCCAUUUAUUAUUAUAAGAUGUCUUGGCUCUAUUAAGAAUACUGUUUUAAAACAAUUAAACUACUGUUUUAGAAGAAGUAGUUCAAAAUGAUUAACAGAUCCUUUUUAGAAUCUUAAAUAUAAUAGUGUAAUAUAUGAUAAAGUAAAAUAAUAUUAAUGAUUUUAAAUCAGGAUUGCGAUAAAUAUUUGAUAAAAACACUAAUCAAUCUGCAAUAAUUCAAGCUUUGACUGAAAACUGUGUCAUUUCAUAAAUUGAUUAACAAUCACUGCCAUAUGAUCUAGAAAGAAUAAGUAAGGACUAAAAAUAAUUUUAUAUAAACCAAUUUCAAUUGAACUUCAAAGAUUUUUUAUUAAGGUAUUAUCUAUCACCUUGCCAAAAAAAAUAAUGUCAAUUUUUGCCAUUGUGGAGAAUGGAGAAUCAGGAGCAGAAUCAAUACCUUUGUUUAAUUUGUCUGAAGAAGAUGUGCGCUCAUUAUUGUGGAAGACCAUAAAAAAAAAAAAUUGGAAAUUUGUCCAGACAUUGUUAUAAAAGGCAUUUAGGUAAAACUUUGUAUCUUAACUUAAAUAAUAGUUAAAUUAUCAUCAUGCAAUCACCAUACAUCACUAUUAACGUUAAUCCCUUAUAUAAAAAUUUAAUAGGAGAAAUACCUUACAUAGGAUAUUAUCAAUCAAAUCAUUAUGAAAGAUUCAAGUUAAAUUUAAAAGCCAUAGAUUAGAUUAUUGAAAUUAUCCUUACAGAUAAAUUUGUCCAUAAAUUAUUUUAAAAUCUCAAGAAAGUUAAACGAACCAAUUUGUGA